AUGCCGAAUGGCAUCAGCAAGCGCCAGCAGCUGCGCAAUGAAAAGGCCUUGGCCGAAUUAGUUCGCUCUGUCCCUGGAAAUGACCGCUGCGCCGACUGUGAGGCUUUGACUCCAGGAUGGGCCAGCUGGAAUAUGGGUAUCUUUCUCUGUAUGCGCUGCGCCUCGAUCCACCGCAAGCUGGGCACACACAUCUCCAAGGUCAAGUCUUUGUCGAUGGAUACUUGGUCCGCGGAGCAGGUGGAUAAUAUGAAGUCCCAUGGCAAUCUACUCAUGAACAAAAUCUAUAACCCGAGAAAUGUGAAGCCGCCUGUUCCGACUGAUGUUGACGAGACGGACUCCGCCCUUGAACGUUACCUUCGGGCGAAAUACCAAUAUCGAACCCUGGCGGAGGGCAAGCCUAAGCCUCCGAGUAGAAGCGAUGAGAGCUACAGCCGAUCUCGUGAAGGACCCAGGUCUAGGUCUCCCGAGUCUCCAGAAGGAUCCCCUCCUCCGCUUCCGCCGAAUCCAGAUCCUCGCCAUCAUCUGACCAAUGGUCCCCUCCACCCCCCUAAGAGGUCGACUUCAGGACUCGGCGCCCCAGUCGCUGAUGUCACCACAGCAUCCUUUGAGGCGAAGAUGGCGGCAAUGCGGGAGAUGGGCUUCACCAAUGACCGACGGAACGAGAUGGUCUUGAAGGGGUUGAAUGAGGACUUGGACCGGUCAAUAGCCACACUGCAGAGAUUGGGCGAGGGUAAUGGCCUGCCUGUCACACGAUCUAAAACACCGACUGCAACUCGCGCCGACACUUCAGUGCCGCCUCCAAUGCCUCCAAGACCUGCUACGCAAGGCAACGCCUCCAACUCCACCAACCCAUUCGACAAGCUUGACGCAACCCAGACUGAGCAAGUGCCGCCAGUCCCACAGUCGCAAGCAACGCUAUCUGCACAAACUGCGUCCUACAACCCAUUUGACCAGCCGGCACGGACACCACAAUCUGCACAGCCCUUGGAAGCGUCUUUCCAGAACCUACAAGUGACCCAACCAUUAUUCCCACACUCUACUGGAGGAUAUCCUCAGCAUGCGAACUCAUUACCUCAGCUUACCGCCUACCAGCAGCCGUUCACCCCCCCCGGCGACGGCGACCUUCGCGCAGAAUGGCUACACAUCUUCCCCGCAAGCCCUCCCCAGCUCCAGGGUGGCAUGGCCAACCAACCCCAGUCAAAUGCUGGUGCUGUACAGAAUAACCCGUUCUUCAGUAACCAACCACAGAAUGGGCUUGCACAGUCUCAGCUGCAACAAAAUGGGAUCCCCCGUCCACCCCAGCACGCGAACACGAUGCCAACGUUGUCUUCCACUUCAUCUUUUGGUACGUCUCCGUUCGGGGCUGCUCCCUCUGGAAAUUUCCAGAGUCAGCAACAACCACAGCAACAACCGCAAGGCCUGGCUCAAGGUUCCCACAACCCAUUCCAACAGAGCAUGGGGCCAUCUACUCCCCAGAGUGCAGGAUUCACAAAUUCUUUCCCGACUCAACAGCCGCAACAACUGGCCCCGCAAGCCACCGGACGAGUGGACAAGGGAAACAUUCUGUCUUUGUACGGCUCCGCUCCGACGGCCCCGGUUCCUGCUAUCCCGCAACAACAUUUGGUCCAGUCUGGUCUCGGAACGAGCCCUACCCCGCCAGUUCCAAACUCCUUUGGCUCAACGCAGUUUGGCGCUGGAAAUAUUUCCAACGCCUCGCGGAACCCAUUUGAUGGUCCUGCUCCGGCUGCUCCUCCCGCGCCAGCAGGAUCAGGCCUUGCCGCCCAAGCUGGCAUUAACACUUUUCAGCCGUCUGCAGGACUGGGUCUUGGACUUGGCACCAACGGAACUUCUUCGCAGCCCUUGCAAACUGGCAACGGGGUGAACAUGAGUACCGGUCUAGGCGUGGGUCUGAAGAGCAACAACCCGUUCCCUUCUUCCACGACUAGUCCAUUCGCCCGACCGCCAAUCCAUUCCCAUCUUCCAGCAAUAACCCCUUCCCUCCUGUCAACAACAACCCUUAUCCUUCGCAGCCCGCAAGUUCUGCCUUUUCUCGCCCUCACAUGA